GUUUAUCAGUUGGACCAACCAGAGUCUCCAAUUUUUCACAACACAAACUAUAGAGAAUCUUGUGCCAACUUUAUAACAAAAAAUGGUUGAUUUCUGUUACAUAUUCUCCAACUUUUAUUUAUAUAUAUAACACAUGUUCUCUUGAAACACAGAGUUUGUGGAUUGGAGAAGAGUGAAAGUGAAGCCACUUGUGAGUAACUCGAGAGCAUUCAGGUUGGGGGAAUCGAUAGAUAAUUCGAUACAAAUGCCUUUGAAUGUGUUUAAAGAUAAAGAUGGAUUGCCGAGGAUUGUAUUGACUGAUCCUAAUGGUUCUUCAGCUGAGGUGCUUCUCUAUGGAGGUCAGAUUGUUUCUUGGAAGAAUCAAAGGAAAGAAGAACUGCUUUUUAUGAGCAGCAAGGCUAAAUGGAAACAGCAUAAAGCCAUCAGAGGAGGUAUAUCAGCUUGCUUUGCAAGGUUUGGUGAUGUUGGUUCACUUGAGCAACAUGGAAUGACAAUAAACAGAAUGUGGUCAUUGGAUAGAGAUCCUUCACCACUACCUCCAAUGGACAAUCAUUCAUCUGUGGAUUUGAUAUUAAAGUCAACGGGAGUUGAUUUAAAGAAACCACAUAGUUUUGAGUUGAGGCUUCGCAUAUCUCUAAGUGCUGGCAAGCUCAUUCUGAUUCCUAGAGUCAGAAACACUGAUAACAAACCGUUUUCUUUUGCAUUUUCACUAUGCAACUAUUUAUCUGUAUCAGAUAUAAGUGAAGUUCGGAUUGAGGGAUUGGAGACACUUGAUUAUUUUGAUAAUCUGGUGAACAGAUCAAGGUUCACAGAACAAGCUGAUGCAAUUACAUUUGAUGGGGAGACGGACAGGGUAUACUUGAGCAGCCCUAAUAAAAUCGCUAUAAUAGAUCAUGAGAAGAAAAGAACCUUUGUUCUCCAGAAGAAUGCACUUCCAGAUGCAGUGGUAUGGAACCCAUGGAAUAAAAAGGCCAAGGCUCUACCUGAUUUGGGAGAUGAAGAUUACAAGACGAUGUUAUGUGUGAAUUCAGCAGCUAUUGAUGUUCCUAUUCUCUUGAAGCCAUGUGAAGAAUGGAAGGGCUAUCAAGAACUCUCUACUGUUUCAUCAAGCUAUUGCAGUGGACAAUUGGACCCUCGUAGAGUUCUUUAUGGCUUUCAUUGAUGCAGUCAAAUCAAUCAAGAUUUGUUGUAUACAUUACAUUGGCUUUGAGACAGAAAAAAGAUGUGCAUGAAUGUCAUGCUGAUAGAUAUAUACCAUAUAACAUAAAGCCCUUUUCCACCUUACAAUAAUUUGAGAGAAGCUUAGCUUGAUGGCAUGAUGCCAUGACAAUUGCUAAGCAAUUUUUUAUGUGUAUUUGUUAAGUUCCAAUGGAAUUCUUCAGAGUAUGGAAACUGGCGGUGCUGUGUAUACAUAUUAUUUGUAAAUUAGGAGGGGAAAAAACCAUGAACUUUUUUCUUUCUUUCUGUAAGCACUUUUUGUUUGGAGAUCCUGCAAAUUUUGUGGCCCUAUGAUCGAACAUGUUUCUGUUUUCCUCGCAAA